CGGGCGGGCGGGCGGCGGCGGGGCGGCGGGGCGAGGCAAGCGCGGGGCAGCGGCGGCAGAGGAGCCGCAGCCGCAGCGGGGCCGGGCCGGGCCGGGCGCGCACCAGCGGCAGCGGCAGCGGCAGCAUCUCGCUUGCGGAGCCGGCGCAGGCUUCCCGCACCUGGAGUGUGGACUGAGGACGGCCCAGGAGACAGAGCUGAACUUCAUCACCCAGCCCCCAGAGGCGGCAAGACAUGGGCCCCAUUUUCCAAAUCCUGAUGCCUUUCAUUUAACCAGAAGACGUGGAGGGGCGCCCCCACCCCUGACCAUGUAGAUGCCGGCUCCCGGAAGCAGCAUGGGCCCCGCUGAAUGGAGACUCCUGGGUCUGCAGCCCUGAGUCCCUCUGGCCCCUGGACCUUGCCCCGUGCCUGGGGACGCCCCUCAGAGCCCACGGCCACCGUCGCCAGCCCACCUCCGCCACCCCCUGGAGCCGGCCGCCUGGAGCCACAGCAGUCCAGUGAGGCUGUGCUGGAGACAGCCACGCGGAGCCAUCAGCCGGCAGCCUCCUGUCCGGCGCUGACCCUCGGGCCCGCCCCGAGCGGGGACUGCGGCAGACAUGGGUGACAUGACCAACAGCGACUUUUACUCCAAAAACCAAAGAAACGAGUCUAGCCAUGGGGGCGAGUUCGGGUGCACGAUGGAGGAGCUGCGCUCCCUCAUGGAACUUCGGGGCACUGAGGCCGUGGUCAAGAUCAAGGAGACCUACGGGGACACUGACGCCAUCUGCCGGCGCCUCAAAACCUCCCCUGUCGAAGGUUUGCCAGGCACCGCUCCAGACCUGGAGAAGAGAAAGCAGAUUUUUGGGCAAAACUUUAUACCUCCAAAGAAGCCAAAAACCUUCCUGCAGCUCGUGUGGGAGGCCCUGCAGGACGUGACGCUGAUCAUUCUGGAAAUCGCCGCCAUCAUCUCCCUGGGGCUCUCCUUCUACCACCCGCCCGGAGAGAACAACGAAGGAUGUGCGACGGCCCAGGGCGGGGCAGAGGAUGAAGGGGAGGCAGAGGCGGGCUGGAUCGAGGGGGCCGCCAUCCUCCUGUCGGUCAUCUGCGUGGUCCUGGUCACCGCCUUCAAUGACUGGAGCAAAGAGAAACAGUUCCGGGGCCUGCAGAGCCGCAUUGAGCAGGAGCAGAAGUUCACUGUGGUCCGGGCCGGCCAGGUGGUCCAGAUCCCUGUGGCUGAGAUCGUGGUUGGGGACAUCGCCCAGGUCAAAUAUGGCGACCUCCUCCCUGCCGACGGCCUCUUCAUCCAGGGCAACGACCUCAAGAUUGAUGAGAGCUCCCUGACGGGGGAGUCUGACCAGGUGCGCAAGUCGGUGGACAAGGACCCCAUGCUGUUGUCAGGUACCCACGUGAUGGAGGGCUCUGGACGGAUGGUGGUGACCGCCGUGGGUGUGAACUCUCAGACUGGCAUUAUCUUUACCCUGCUGGGGGCCGGUGGUGAAGAGGAAGAGAAGAAAGACAAGAAAGGUGUGAAGAAGGGGGAUGGCCUUCAGCUACCAGCGGCCGAUGGUGCGGCAGGUUCAAAUGCUGCAGAUAGUGCAAAUACCAGCCUAGUCAAUGGUAAAAUGCAGGAUGGCAAUGUGGACGCCAGCCAGAGCAAAGCCAAACAGCAGGAUGGGGCGGCCGCCAUGGAGAUGCAACCCCUCAAGAGUGCCGAGGGGGGAGACGCUGACGACAAGAAGAAGGCCAACAUGCACAAGAAGGAGAAGUCGGUGCUGCAGGGCAAGCUCACCAAGCUAGCCGUGCAGAUCGGCAAGGCAGGCCUGGUGAUGUCAGCCAUCACGGUGAUCAUCCUGGUGCUCUACUUCACUGUGGACACCUUCGUGGUCAACAAGAAGCCGUGGCUCCCCGAGUGCACGCCUGUCUACGUGCAGUACUUCGUCAAGUUCUUCAUCAUCGGCGUGACGGUGCUGGUGGUUGCCGUGCCCGAGGGGCUCCCUCUGGCCGUCACCAUCUCCCUGGCCUACUCGGUGAAGAAAAUGAUGAAGGACAACAACCUGGUCCGCCACCUGGACGCCUGUGAGACCAUGGGCAAUGCCACGGCCAUCUGCUCGGACAAGACGGGCACCCUGACCACCAAUCGCAUGACGGUGGUGCAGGCCUACGUGGGCGACGUCCACUACAAGGAGAUCCCUGACCCCAGCUCCAUCAACGCCAAGACCAUGGAGCUGCUGGUCCAUGCCAUCGCCAUCAACAGCGCCUACACCACCAAGAUCCUGCCCCCGGAGAAGGACGGCGCCCUGCCCCGGCAGGUGGGCAACAAGACGGAGUGCGGCCUGCUGGGCUUCGUGCUGGACCUGAAGCAGGACUACGAGCCGGUGCGCGCUCAGAUGCCCGAGGAGAAGCUGUACAAGGUCUACACCUUCAACUCCGUGCGGAAGUCCAUGAGCACCGUCAUCCAGCUGCCGGACGAGAGCUUCCGCAUGUAUAGCAAGGGCGCUUCGGAGAUCGUGCUCAAGAAGUGCUGCAAAAUCCUCAACGGGGCAGGUGAGCCUCGGGUCUUCCGGCCCCGAGACCGGGACGAGAUGGUGAAGAAGGUGAUCGAGCCCAUGGCCUGCGACGGGCUCCGCACCAUCUGCGUGGCUUACCGCGACUUCCCCAGCAGCCCUGAGCCCGACUGGGACAACGAGAAUGACAUCCUCAACGAGCUCACCUGCAUCUGUGUGGUGGGCAUCGAGGAUCCCGUGCGGCCCGAGGUCCCGGAAGCCAUCCGCAAGUGCCAGCGAGCAGGCAUCACUGUCCGCAUGGUCACCGGUGACAACAUCAACACGGCGCGGGCCAUCGCCAUCAAGUGUGGCAUCAUCCAUCCCGGGGAGGACUUCCUGUGCCUUGAGGGCAAGGAGUUCAACCGAAGGAUCCGCAACGAGAAAGGGGAGAUCGAGCAGGAGCGGAUCGAUAAGAUCUGGCCAAAGCUGCGGGUGCUGGCUCGCUCCUCCCCCACGGACAAGCAUACCCUGGUCAAAGGCAUCAUCGACAGCACGCACACGGAGCAGCGGCAGGUGGUGGCCGUGACGGGGGACGGCACCAACGACGGGCCUGCGCUCAAGAAGGCCGACGUGGGCUUCGCCAUGGGCAUCGCAGGCACGGACGUGGCCAAGGAGGCCUCGGACAUCAUCCUGACGGACGACAACUUCAGCAGCAUCGUCAAGGCAGUGAUGUGGGGCCGCAAUGUCUACGACAGCAUCUCCAAGUUCCUGCAGUUCCAGCUGACCGUCAACGUGGUGGCCGUGAUCGUGGCCUUCACGGGCGCCUGCAUCACGCAGGACUCCCCCCUGAAGGCAGUGCAGAUGCUCUGGGUGAACCUCAUCAUGGACACAUUCGCCUCCCUGGCGUUGGCCACUGAGCCGCCCACCGAGACGCUGCUCCUGAGGAAGCCGUACGGCCGCAACAAGCCCCUCAUCUCUCGGACCAUGAUGAAGAACAUCCUGGGCCAUGCCGUCUACCAGCUCACCCUCAUCUUCACCCUGCUCUUCGUCGGCGAGAAGAUGUUCCAGAUCGACAGUGGGAGGAACGCACCCCUGCACUCACCGCCCUCCGAGCACUACACCAUCAUCUUCAACACCUUCGUCAUGAUGCAGCUCUUCAACGAGAUCAACGCCCGCAAGAUCCACGGCGAGCGCAACGUCUUCGACGGCAUCUUCCGGAACCCCAUCUUCUGCACCAUCGUGCUGGGCACCUUUGCCAUCCAGAUAGUGAUCGUGCAGUUUGGGGGAAAGCCAUUCAGCUGCUCCCCAUUGCAGCUGGACCAGUGGAUGUGGUGCAUAUUCAUUGGGUUAGGGGAGCUCGUCUGGGGCCAGGUCAUCGCCACCAUCCCGACCAGCAGGCUCAAGUUCCUCAAGGAGGCGGGCAGGCUCACGCAGAAGGAGGAGAUCCCCGAGGAGGAGCUCAACGAGGACGUGGAGGAGAUAGACCACGCCGAGCGCGAGCUGCGGCGGGGCCAGAUCCUGUGGUUCCGAGGUCUGAACCGGAUCCAGACCCAGAUUGAAGUAGUCAAUACUUUCAAGAGCGGGGCCUCCUUUCAGGGGGCCCUGCGGAGACAAUCCUCCGUCACCAGCCAGAGCCAGGACAUCCGCGUCGUGAAGGCGUUUCGUAGCUCUCUCUAUGAAGGUCUAGAAAAGCCUGAGUCUCGAACCUCCAUCCAUAACUUCAUGGCUCAUCCUGAGUUCCGGAUCGAAGAUUCGCAGCCCCACAUCCCCCUCAUCGACGACACCGACCUGGAAGAAGAGGCCGCGCUCAAGCAGAACUCGAGCCCGCCCUCGUCGCUGAACAAGAACAACAGCGCCAUCGACAGCGGGAUCAACCUGACGACCGACACAAGCAAAUCAGCUACCUCUUCAAGUCCAGGGAGCCCCAUCCACAGCCUGGAGACGUCGCUUUAGCUGAGGAACCGCCCCCCACCCCGCCGCCACACCACACCCCGCCCCCACCCGGGCAGCCACCCAUCCAGGCACCUGACUGACCCAAGCAGCAGCGAGCAACGGCAGGAAAAAAAAAAACAAAAACAAAUACUGGCGAGAAAACCGAUUCCACCCAGCAGACCCUUUUUUUUCUGGCUGCGAUGCUGUUUGAACUCUUUUUCACCUUGAGGCGAGGGCGGGAUCCCGUGGGGAGCGGGGCUAAAGGGAGUGAGUGGGGGUUUUCCCAGAACUAGCCCUUCCAGGCUCCCGCCUGACAUGGACCAGCCAUGCCCCCUGCCCAGCGCCAGCCACAUCCCUGCAUGAAUGUACUGCAUACUUCCGGUCCUCCCUUAGUUUGGUUUUUGGGGGGUUGGGGAGGGGUUUGGUUUUUUGUUUUGUUUUGUUUCUUUUCUUAGGCGGGAACUGCAAAACAGACUCUUUUCUGAGACUAUUUAUCCAAUCCACUGGUCUGUGAAGUUUUUGAGAUGCUUGCAAGUAGCAUGGUCUCAGUUGUACAGGUUAAUUUCACAACUUUUUGAAAUUGCAGAGCUUAACUCGCCUGGUAAAUUUGCACCAAUGGAACCGAAGAACUUCAGACACUCACAAGGUUAUAUCCAUUUCUUUGUAUCUAUAUCAACGUAUACUUCUCUGAGACUGUAUACGUCCAUAUAGAUAGGUAGAUAUAUAUAUAUAUAUAAAUAUAUAUAAUGGAUAUAUAAAAUUUUUUUGCCGGCAUGUUGCCUUGUUUCUGCUUAAAUUGCUCUAUUUUAACUUAUUUAUGUCCUAAAAGAAGAAUGUAAUUUGUUUACAAACCUGUAGAUAACGUCUUCGGCUAUUUGUAUGGUUUAAGAACACUGGUGGCUGAGAUGCUAUAAAAACAGCUCAGCCUGGCAGACACCUCCCUGGAUUGCAUCCUCGAUGUUUUCCGAUAGCCAUGCUCUGAUUUUUUUUUUUUUUUUUUGCCUGCUGUUUCUGUUGGAUAAUGUCACUACCGUGGGAGGCAGGAGUCAAAUGUGAGCAGGUAUCCAUCCCUAGGGGUCCGACAGCACGCUCUGUAGACAAAGGGGGAGGAGGAGAGAAGUCUUCGUGGGCUCCAAGGACUGAUGGCCGGCCGGCCCCAGGGCCACGGGAUCCGCAAAGCACUGAGUGAAGACCUUCUCUCAAUGAAACUCACUUGAGUUUACUAAGAGCACUUCCAACAGAGGUUCCCUCUGGCGCUGUCUGUGCAGAGACUGAGGUAGUGAGGCAAUAUUAGAAAUGCUGUUUUGUUGAUUUUUUCCUUUUUCAGUUAGUCAUUUAGAGGCUUAUUUCCUCAUAGAUUGCAGCAAAUAUGCUGUUGGCAUAUUGGAUGAGGAUCAUUAAGGUUUGCUGCUUUUAUUUUUAUUUUUGAAGAAGAAUAGCACUUCACUUUCUGCACUACUUAGAUCCGAACGAACCUUAUGAUGUGUAUAUUGAGACGUAUUCAGUGUGAUUUUUUUUAAACCAAAUCGUCUUCCUGUAGUCGCAAUAUAUACUGUAGCCUUUGAACAGCAAGUCUUGCUUUCCCAGACAGAAAGCCAUUCUGAAACCCUGCAUAUCACAGGUGAGAAAAGGUGGUUAUUUCUCCCCCGCCCCUGAGACAAUAACAGCACUAGUAAUCCCACUUAAUAAGAGCUUAUUUAAUUGUAUGUCAGCCUCUUAACUGCUAAGCACUUUGUGGGUAUCAGCUUUUUUCAUAAAAGAACUUUUGUAUUGAAUACAAAGUUUGCUUUGAGACUUUUCAGCAUACGAUCUUUUUCCAUAAACUUGUACAGUGCAAAAGACAUUUUGAAUACCAUGACCGAUGAUGUCCCAUGCUUCAAGGAAAACCAAAACGCUUCCCGCCUCGCUUGCAAAAUGCAUUCUUCAUACUGACCCUUCCCACGGUUGCUCUGUGUCAGCCCGGGCCCCUCCCUUCUCCAGGCCCAGAGAAUUCUUCCACAAACAAGAUUGAGAGCCACUCGGGAAAAGAGCCAUAGUCAGCUGGGAGGGCGUGCGUCUGGACGGCUGUGGAGAAACCCGAGGGUUUGGGAUCCCGAGACAGCCCAUCCCACCUGGCACGACCUUCCUGGAAGGAGGACCUUUUUUGAGCAAGAGCAUCUCCUGAAUGUCGAGAAGCAUCAUCUCUGAAUGUAGCCAGCAGAGGGAACUGUGUCCCCCGAAGGGGUGACCAGCCCUCAGAUGUGUUUAUUGGAUUCCAAGACCAACACCGCCCACACCGCCCACUGCUCUCCUUAGAGAAAGACCUGCUCCUGUAGAACCUGGGGCAGCUUUGGAACGUGGUGUGUUUUUUGUUUUCUGUUGUUUUUUGUAGUUUCCUUUUUCAAGGUUCUCCAUCUCCCCCUGUGUUCCGACCGUGUGUCCAUGACCUCAUUCCAUGACACCAGGAAAGUCCGGCUUGCACAUGAGGCCUCCUGCUCAUUUGCAGCCAGGAUGCAAGGGGAGCAGGAGGGGGUCUCCCAGAGUGGGGCUCAGCUCCAGGGAGAGUAGGGAGCCACGGAAGCUAGAAUGCCCCCACGUUAGUGCUGGUCUUUUCUUGUCAGGAAUGAUGGAUGCCCACACACACAUACACACUCAUACCCUUGCCCUCACACGUGCACACACACACACACACACACACAGAGGAAAUGACUGGUUUGUCAGAACUCACUGUAGUACAUAAAGCUUGCACUCGGCGUCCUAUAUCUAGCAGCAUGGGGUACGUUUGGCAGUUCACCCCAUUAGGGGGUAAAUAAUUUAUGACCAUUCAUCUGUUUUUAUGAAUUUUUUUAAUCUAGACAAUAAUUGUAAAUAAAGAACUCACCAUCUCUGUUCAUUUAAUACUAUGCAAUGGU